CCUUAUCAUAAUGUUGACGACUCGGUAUAUACAGCGAUCCUAUACAACACGACAACUACUGAGUAAGAGAAAGGCUAUUGUCCUGAAGGGUGAUAACCGGAACCAUGACGAUAGCCUAUCAGUACCGGGUGGCGACCGCGAGGCUGGGCACGUUUGUGAAGCUGCUGGGUAUAUGGAAGGGCAGUAUCUACAAGCUGAUGUAUAAGGAGGUGCUCAUCUUCAUCGUGCUGUACGCCGCUAUCAGUUGUACUUACAGACUGGCGUUGAAUCACGAACACAGAGUCGUUUUCGAGAAGCUGGCGAUGUUCUGUGCUCAUUACACAAACCUGAUCCCAGUCUCAUUUGUACUGGGAUUCUACGUGUCUCUUAUAGUAAACCGAUGGUGGACACAGUUCAUGAACGUCCCUUGGCCCGACAGAACGUUAUUCAUGACGUGUUGCUAUCUGCACGGAUUUGAUGAAAAAGCCCGGAUAAUGCGCAGAAGUGUUGCGCGCUACAUGAUGUUUGGAUUUAUUUUGAUAACCCGGUCUGUGAGUGUGGCUGUGAUGAAGCGGUUCCCAACUCUGGAUCACAUCGUGGAGUCUGGCUUCAUAUCCAAGGAGGAGGCAAUUAUGUACGAGGAGGUGGAGUGUAAAUACAACAAGUUCUGGGUCCCUAUCCUUUGGGCCAACAGCGUCCUGGUUCAGGCUAGGAGGGAGAACAAAAUCCAGACGGACUUGGGACUUCGGAUGAUUAUUGAGCAGCUAGCGGAUUUCCGUGAUAAGUGUUCUCUGUGUUUUGUAUACGACUGGAUCACCAUUCCACUAGUCUACACCCAGGUUGUUACGUGGUCGGUGUACAUGUUUUUCGCAGCCUGUCUUAUUGGUCGUCAGUUUUUAGACCCGGAAAAGAAAUAUCCCGGGCAUGACCUGGACCUGUAUGUGCCUAUUUUUACACUACUGCAGUUUUUCCUCUACAUGGGAUGGUUAAAGGUAGCAGAACAACUGAUCAACCCAUUCGGGGAGGACGACGACGAUUUUGACAUUAACUGGCUACUGGACAGACACACAGCGGUGGCGAUGGCACUGGUCGACCAGAUGUAUGGUAGACACCCGACACUGAUGAAGGACAUGUACUUUGACGAGGUGGUCACAGAGCUUCCAUACACUGAGGCUUCCUUAGGCUCCAGGAAACCAGUCUUCCUCGGCUCCACAUACAAUCUAAC